ACCUCUCUGGUUUUAUCCUCUCUACUUUCAGUUUCCUCUCCUACCCGAUAGUACUCCCACUUUUCCUCAUUCCGAGUGUAAUGACAUUGCUUCCCUGCGUCCGCCUGUUACUCCUUCUUACUGUAACAUUAUCUUCUGUGUAACCAAGACUGUCUGCACCUGGAAAAGGUGUGACCUGGCAGUAAAGAAAAAAUGGAUAACUAUGAAAUAAUUCGAAUGAUUGGCGAAGGAGCAUUUGGAAAAGCGUUUUUGGCAAAAGGAAAAAAAGACAACAUCCAAUCUGUAAUAAAGGAGAUUAACCUUUCUAAGAUGCCCCCAAAGGAGAAAGAGGCAUCUCAGAAGGAGGUUACCCUUUUGUCUAAAAUGAACCAUCCAAAUAUUGUAACCUUCUUCACAUCAUUUAAAGAGAAGAACAGUCUGUACAUUGUGAUGGAAUACUGUGAUUGCGGCGAUCUGGCAAAGAGAAUAAACAAGCAGAGAGGUGUUCACUUUGAUGAAGACCAGAUUCUCAGUUGGUUUGUGCAGAUUUCUUUGGGUCUAAAGCACAUCCAUGACCGCAAAGUGCUUCACAGAGAUAUUAAGGCUCAGAACAUAUUUCUCGCCAGGAAUGGGACCACAGCCAAAUUGGGAGAUUUUGGUAUAGCAAGAAUGUUAAACAACACAAUGGAAUUGGCUCGUACGUGUGUUGGGACCCCUUAUUACCUUUCUCCAGAAAUUUGUGAAAACAGGCCUUAUAAUAAUAAGACGGAUAUCUGGUCUCUUGGCUGUGUGUUAUAUGAACUGUGCACCCUUAAACAUCCUUUUGAAUCAAGCAAUUUGCGACAGCUGGUACUGAAAAUUUGCCGUGGUCGGUAUGAUCCCCUUUCCCCAAGAUAUUCAUAUGAUCUGAGAACACUUAUUUCUCAUCUCUUUAAAAUCUCUCCACGUGAUCGACCAUCCGUCAGCUCUAUAUUGAAAAAGCCAUUUUUAGAGAAACGCAUAUGCAAUUUUCUGACACCAGAGUUAAUAGAGGAGGAGUUCAGCCAUACUGUGCUGCAUAAGAAAAAGCCUUCACCUGUGAAACAAGCACGAGGACCAGUCACCCCAAAAGCAUCUCCAGUUCCAAGAAAUGAAAGGGUCAAAGUUCAAGAAAGACAGAAAGUGGUGACGCCUCAGAGAAGAGUUGACUAUCCAUAUAGGCAAGAAUGGAAGCCCCCUUCACGAGUGCAACAUCACAGUCCUGUUAUGGUGCAUGAUCAAAACUGGAGACACAGGAUGGAGGUUAUUGAUAAACCUGCAGCUGCAAGGAUACAUGGACAUGGACAAUAUAACCAUUAUUACGCAAGGCUGAAUGACAUACAGAGAAAACCCUAUGAUUACCAGCCUCACCAUGGGUCACCGAUCAACCACCGCAUCGACUCUCCACAGCAUGUGAAUGAUUUCUUGCAAAGAAAACAGGAAGCAGAAAGGAUUAAGAUAAAGGUUGAAAAGCAGCUGGGGCUGCGCCCAUCUUCUGCCGACCAGUUCAGGAAGCAUACUCCAGUGUCAAGGCAUGAAAUGCCUCAUGAUCCAGCAUUAAACAGAGCCCCACAAAAGCAACAAAGGAGUGACGAGGAACAUCUGAAACAACUGGGGCUCAUUCGGCAGCAAUACCAUAAUGAAGUCAGGGAGAUAAAAGCCAGAGCUGGAGAGUACCAGGAGGCUCCUAAAGCAUCUGAUGGAACAUACCUUGUAAAAGCAGGUAACCAUAGAGGACCUUCUACUGCAGACAAGCCAGAUGGUAAAGAGCAAACAGAGGAAAUUCAACAACAGUAUAAUAAAAUUAUACAGCAAAACCGAGAAGAGCGAAAAGCACUGCAAAAGAAAUAUAAAGUAAAGGGUGGAAUAAAGUUUGAAAUUAAUGACCUGAUUAUCGAAGAGGAAAUGACUGAUGGGCCUGUUGCAGAAGAUCACAGCAUAGACAAUGUAGAGAAGACAGAUCUCCUCAAUGAUACUUUAACAUUUGCUCUUGGAAUGAAGUUGGGGGUUGGAAAGUGGCAUAAACUACAUGAGGAACCAGAACAUCCAGACAGUGGAAACCUCAAUGAUAUACCACAAAACAACAGGAAACAAUGGACAGCAAGAGAGCCUCAAACACUCAUUGGCAAUUUAAUGGCAGCUGGAAUGACAUCGAUGUUUGAUACUGUGGCUGAAAAUGAUGAUGAUGAUGAUCAUGAUGAUGAUGAUAAUGAUACAUCACUGAGCAGGAAGCAGUGGAAACAGGUGGCACCAGGAACACUGAUGAGGAUUCUGGGAGAAGCAGACAUGGAUGAUUCCAUUUUACCCCCAGAAGACUUGUUUGAUGGAACACUGAAGAAGUGGCCUCCCGAACAGGUGGAAAAAGAGGGGACAGAACAGACAUCAGAAGAAGAUUUGGAUGAAGAGCGCUUUGAACCAAGAUCUGAUGAUGAGGACACGACAUUUGAAGAGUCUGAAGAAGAGCUGGAAGUCAUAGAGAUUUUGGAAAAGGUUUUAACUUCCAGAGAUGAUAUAGAUGAGAAUGAUGAAAAGCAGACCAAUAAAGAUCCAACCAUGGAAAUAUCCAAUCAUAACCAUCAGAAUCCAGAUAAUCUUGACCCUGUACAAUUGGAUCAGUUGAAAUCAGAUGAAGCCAUGGUGAAGAGCAGUCACAAGGACCAGAUUACAGAAGAGAAAAAUAGAGAGGUCUCUGAUGUGACAGAUCAGAAUGCAGAGGAGGAAAAAGUAGAAGCUAAAUCUCAGCUCUGCGCUCCAUCAUCUGUAGCCAGUAAAGACAAUGUGCAAUCUGCUAUUUGCUCUGUGGAGUGAUCACACAGCAGUGAGCACCCAUGACCAGCAAUAGGUUCUGUGCAAUGAUACAUUUAAGUAUGUGUCUUUUAUAGCUGCAGUCUUGUUUUUGAGAGAACUGGAAACUACGUGAAGGCAUAUUUCAUCUGUUAUGGUAAAAUAUUUUCCCCAGUGUGCAAACAUAUGUACAUUGAAGUUUGGAAAGCAUUUGUGUGAUGAACAAGUGGGAAAAUUUAAUUGUA